AUGGGCAAGCUCCUCUGCGAGUCCUCCUCCGGCGGCGGCGCCGUCGCCGUCGCCGAGGCCCUCCCGCCCUCCCCCGCCCCGGCCUCGCCGCCGCAGCUCCUCGCCUGGGCCGCCCCCGACCCCCCCGCCGGCUGGUCCGCCGUCUGGGCGCUCGACGACCAGCAGCGCCGCCGCCUGCUCCGGAUCUGGGAGCGCGGCGUCGCCUGGAAGCCGCCCCGCCAGGGGGGCGACGGCCCGGAGGCCCCGCCCCCCGCCGUCGUCUUCCGCCUCGACCACGGCGGGGAGGUCGAGUCCGACGGCAACUGCCUCUUUACCGCCGCGCGGAGGGCCGCCGCCGCCAAGGCCGAGGCGCGCGAGCUCCGGCACCGCGCCGUGCGCCGCUUCGCCGACGUCUACGCCGCGGCCGAGGCCUCCGACAGGGCCGCGGUCGACGCCGCCGUGCGCCACCUCUACGCGCCGGAUCUCAAGGCCGGCUGGGGCGUCCACGUCGUGCAGGAGGUCAAGCUGCUCGCGCCCAAGGCCGACCGCGACGCCCUCGACGCCGCCAUCCAGGAGCUCGUCGGCAUCGGCAUCCAAAGGGAACUGGCAGCCGAGACUAUCUACAAGGAGAGAUGUAUUGCUGUAGACGAUGGAGAUAGUUGGGCCAAGUACAUGUCCAUUUCUGGUUCGGCGGAGGAUGAGCAUGACAUAAUCACCCUGCAGUACACAGAGGAGGGCUUACUGACCAUUGAUGAGAACCGGGAUGGGCGUGCGGCUGCGUUUGGCGAUGAUAUUGCCAUCGAGUGCCUCGCCACCGAGUUCAAGAGAGAAGUUUUCGUGGUACAAGCACAUGGCACCGAUGCAAUGGUUGAUGAGGAUAACUGCGUGUUCUUCCUCCCACACCUCCCUAGAGGAGAAAUCUGUGAUGUGCCCAUCUUUCUAUUCAUGAAGGGAACAGCAUGGUGCGGUGCUGGUGCAGACCAUUACGAGCCAUUGAUCGCCACCGUCCUCCAGCAUGUUACUCCAGACAAGGCAGCUGUUGUACUUUGA